AACAGAGCCAGGAAAACGACCUCAUUCGUUACGUGUACAGUCAAAACGUUUAUUUAUAGCGUUUACUUUAGUAGUUACCUUUGGAUUAUUAUUUUUUGUUCAUUGCAUGGUCGCUCAGUGAUAAUCCCAUUCGUCUUCCGUUACAACUCGAAAGUAUAUAAAGACAUACAGGUAGUUGUUUGCCAAUGAGAUUCGGCGCGUCGAACAGUCUGGACAUCAUUCGACAAAACAUCGGUUAAAAACAUGAGUCGUGGACCUGUCUUUUGGGGGAUCUUCGGCAUGGUAGGUGCCAUCAUUGGAGUGGUUUUUGCAGUUGGAAUUCCUUUUCUCGUCAGUUUCAUAGUUGAUCAGCAACUGAGACUUCAGCCUGGCACGAUUAUGUACAAAUUUUGGGAAACUUCGCCAGUCCCGAUGUACAUCCGUUUCUACAUGUACAACGUGACAAACAGUGACGAUGUCCUCAAUCUUCAAGUUAAGCCCAUCGUUGAAGAAAUUGGGCCUUUUACCUACACUGAAGUGCACGAACGCGUGAAUGUGGAGAGAUAUGACAAUUUCACUCUCAAGUUCCAGCAGAAGAGAUAUUGGCAGUAUGUUGAAGAAAUGAGCAAUGGAUCUUUGGAAGACCCCAUCACUACCCUUAACGUCCCUCUUUUGAGCGCAGCCUAUACUAUACGGUUCAAGCCACAAUUCAUCAAAGCAGGCUUCAAUGCAUUCAUUAGAAAAACCAACACCGAAAUUUUUGUGACGAAAACGGUGAACGAACUCUUGUUCGCCGGUUAUUCAGAUCCUUUACUGAAUUUUUCCCAGCUGAUUCCACCAGGUUAUCUCGAUAUUCCACCCGGAUAUGACAAAUUUGGCUGGUUUUAUAAACGCAAUGGGUCAGAAACAUAUGACGGCGUGUUUAAUAUUUUUACCGGUGUGGAUGAUAUCAGUAAACUCGAUGUGAUGGACAUGUGGAACUAUACCCGAAAAACCGAGUAUUACGAAUCGUAUUGUGGAAUGGUCAACGGAUCGUUUGGUGAAGGAUGGCCGCCAAGAAGAGAGCGAACAAGCAUCGAAAUGUAUUCUACCGAUCUAUGCAGGUCUAUUACUUUGGACUAUACGCAAGAUGUUUCGAAAAAGGGCGUCACAUUUUACCGGUUUGCUGGUACAGAACGAAUGUUUGCAAGUGCACAGGAAAAUCCAGACAAUUGGUGUUUUUGGUCGGGUGAUGUCUUUAACCUGUCAGGAGUCAGCAACUCGUCAACGUGUCGCUACGGAGCCCCUGCCUUUGUUUCAUUUCCUCACUAUUAUUUGGCGGACUCUUUCUUACAAAAUCAAGUAGAAGGAUUGAAUCCCCAAAAAGAACUACACGAAUUCCAUGUCGAUCUCGAACCGCGUACAGCAGUUCCGUUACAAGUCGCCGCUCGUUUCCAAAUCAACAUUUUAUUAGAGUCCAUAAAAGGCAUAAGCAUCCUCAAAAACGUCAGACAAGUCUACAUGCCAGUGAUGUGGUUCGGUGUAAGUGCCGAUUUGACUGACAGCUUGUUGGGUUGGAUUCAUUUUACCUUGAUAGGACCUUACAUUGGAUCCUUUUGCUUCUUCUUGCUUUUUGUCGCAUCUAUGGUCGUAGUUGCAAAAAGUGGAAUCAAAUAUGCCAAAAUGAAAAGGAUACAACCAAAAAACGAAGUGACAAUAACGGAAGAUAGCGAUAAAUAAAAUAAAAAACGUAACUGGACAUAAAUAAGAAAAUAUCCGUGUUACAACCAUUACAAAUCCGGAAUUUUUUUAUGUCGGUCAAACAUAAAUGAAAAACAAAUCUUUUGAUUUAAUAGAUGCAUACUGCCCAAAUUGCUGUACCUGUAUGGCGAAAAUUAGAGAAGAUUGGAACUAAAAAGUAUGUAUCAAAUAGAACAAUUUUACAAACCGAAAA